AUGCCCCCCAAAAAGGCCUCCCCGGAGAAGAAGACCCUCCUCGGACGACCGGGGAACAACCUCAAGAUCGGCAUCGUAGGUGUCCCGAACGUAGGAAAGUCCUCGUUCUUCAACACCCUCUCCAAGACCGACCUCGGAAAGGCCGCCAACUUCCCCUAUGCCACCAUCAACCCUGAGGAAGCGCGUAUCCCCGUCCCCGAUACCCGCUUCGACUGGCUUGCGACCACCUACAGGCCUGCGGGCCGCGUCCCUGCCUUCUUGACCUGCAUCGAUAUCGCCGGCCUCACCGCCGGUGCCUCAACAGGUGCAGGUCUCGGCAACUCCUUCCUCUCACAUGUCCGCUCCGUCGACGGCAUCUUCCAGGUCGUCCGCGCCUUCGACGAUGCCGAGGUCAUCCACGUAGAAGGCGACGUCGACCCCCUCCGCGACAUGGACAUCAUCUCCACCGAGCUCCGCCUCAAGGACAUCGAGUGGGUCGAAAAGUACCUCGACAGCAUCAAGAAGUCUGGCCGCUCCCUCGGCAGCAACUCCCUCGCUGACAGGGCACGCAAGGAGGAGAUCGCCACCGUCGAGAAGAUCUACAGCGUCCUCACCCAGGACAACAAGGACGUCCGGAAACACGACUGGGUCGGCAAAGAGAUCGACGUUGUCAACAGCCUUCAGCUGCUGACCGCCAAGCCCGUCACGUACCUUGUCAACCUUUCUGAGCGCGACUACAUCCGCAAGAAGAACAAGUGGCUCCCGAAGAUCAAGGGCUGGAUCGACGAGAACAACCCAGGCGACCCGCUCAUUCCCUUCUCCGUUGCCCUCGAAGAGCGUCUCAUGUCGUUGUCGUCGGACGAGGAGCGCGCCGAGGAGGAAAAGAAGGUCGGCGCCACGAGCGCGCUCGGCAAGAUCACCACCGCCGGCUACGCGUCCCUCGAGCUCAUCCGCUACUUCACCUGUGGGCCCCAGGAGGUCCGUGCGUGGACGAUCCGGAAGGGCACCAAGGCGCCACAGGCGGCCGGUGUGAUUCACUCGGACUUCGAGAACAAGUUCGUGUGUGGUGAGAUCAUGUCCUACGAAGACCUGCGCGAGCACGGGAGCGAAGCGGCCGUGAAGGCGGCCGGCAAGCUCAAGCAGCAGGGCAAGACUUACGAGAUGAUCGACGGCGACAUCGCCUACUGGAAAUCCGGCGCAUAG